CUUAUUGAUCCCGCCUCCAGUCCCGGACGCGGCGCGUGAUUGGCUGGCGCCGGAACGGUCUGCUCCCGGCCAGGCCGGGGUGGCGGAGACUAGGCCUCAGGCGGCGGCGGUGGCGGCGGCGCGAGGCAGUAUGAGUUGAGACCGUGAACAUGGACUUUUCUCGGCUCCACAUAUACACGCCGCCUCAGUGUGUGCCCGAGAACACUGGCUACACAUAUGCACUCAGUUCCAGUUACUCUUCCGAUGCCCUGGAUUUCGAGACUGAGCACAGAUUGGACCCCGUGUUUGAUUCUCCAAGAAUGUCCCGGCGUAGCUUGCGCCUGGCUGCCACUGCGUGCGGCCCUGAAGGGGGCCAGGCGGGGGACACCGCCUCCUGCCUCAGCGGCAUGGCCUCCCUGAAGGACAGAACGGCCAGAACAGCAAAACAGCACAGAAGUGCGAGCAAACUGGCUUUUAGUGUAAACCGGCCCUCGAGGCAGGUUGCUGCUGGCCAGAGCGGCGGUCUGCAGGGCGCAGCCUGUCUACGGCCGCCCGUGCUGGACGAGUCUCUGAUCCGAGAGCAGACCAAAGUGGACCACUUCUGGGGUCUUGAUGAUGACGGAGAUCUUAAAGGUGGCAAUAAAGCUGUCGUUCAGGGAAAUGGCAAAGUGGCCGCAGACGCAGCCUGGAGCAACGGCUACACCUGCAGGGCCUGCACCCUGCUGUCCGAGCACCAGGACACCCUCCCCGCGCAUGGCGCCUCCUCCAGAGUCUACUCGAGGGACAGGAGUCAGAAACGCGGUGCGUCCCUCUACCUGGAUAGGAUUCUGUGGCUGGCCACGUACACUUCGUCGUCCUUUUCAUCAUUCUUAGUGCAACUUUUUCGAGUGGUUUUAAUGAAGCUCAAUUAUGAAUCAGAAAAUUCCAAAUUGAAAAGCUAUGAAUCAAAAGAUCGUGAAUCAGAAAGCUAUAAGUCAGAAAGCCAUGACUCACAAGCUCGUUCCGAUCCCUGUGGGAGGAGGACAGUAACAGAGUUUCUCAGAGAGGACGGUGACCUCAGUGUAAAUGGGGAGUCGUGUCACGUCUCGGAGCGGGCGCUGCGGAGGACCGGAGCUGCAGCGUGGUCUGUGUCGCAGGCCGUGUGGUCGGCCCUCUGGUUGGCCGCCGCGGCUCCAGGGAAGGCAGCCUCUGGCAUCUUCUGGUGGCUGGGGAGUGGCUGGUACCAGUUCGUGACUUUGAUUUCUUGGCUGAACGUGUUUCUUCUAACAAGGUGCCUUCGGAAUGUUUGCAAGUUUCUCAUUGUGCUCGUUCCACUACUCCUCUUCCUCGGUGCCGGCCUUUCCUCACGAGGCCAGGACGGCUUCCUCUCCCUCCUGCCUGUGUUCAACUGGACACACAUCCUCAGAGCACAGAGGGUGGACGACCCCAAAGACAUGUUCACACCUGAUACUUCUCACCUGAGCCAGCCUCCGGAGGGUGCUGCGGAGGCGUCUCCCUGGCGUUGGAUGAGUGAGGUGGAGAGGCAGGUGACCUCGCUGUCCGGACAGUGCCAGAGCCGUGACGAGAAGCUGCGAGAACUGACGGCUUCGCUCCAGAAGCUGCAAGUGCGGGUGGACCAGAUGGACGACGGGGGUGCCGGGGUGUCAUCCCUGGUGACGAGCGUGGUGGGGCAGCACUUGAAGGACCUGGCAGCCGGCGGACUGCUGGGCUCCCAGGCCGACUCGGGGACCUUCCACCACCAGCAGGAAUCGCGCAUCUCAGACUUGGAGGCUCUUCUGGGGAAGCUGGCGGGAAAGUUGGAGGCCAUCCAGAAGGAACUGGAGCAGACCAAGCGGAGGACAGAGAGCUCGCCCGGGCAGGAGCAGCACCUGCCGUCGGCGGUGGCGCAGCUGGAGCGCGACCUGGAGCACCUGAGGUCGGACAUGGCGGCCUGGCAGCCUCUGAGGAGCAGUUGUGAGGAGGCCCACACGGUCCUCGGAAAGGUUGAUGCCCAAGUCCAAGAGACGGUCAGACUCCUGCUUUCCGGCGACCAGCAGGACGGCUCCCUGGACUGGCUGCUGCAGAAGCUGUCUGCGCAGUUUGUCAGCAAGGGCGACCUGCAGGCUCUGCUGCGAGAGCUGGAGCUGCAGAUACUGAAGAACAUCACCCACCACAUUUCUGUGACAAGGCAGGAGCCAACCUCUGAAGCCAUCAUGGCCGCGGUGACCUCGGAGGGGACUUCCGGGAUCACAGAAGCGCAAGCUCGCAUCAUCGUGAACAACGCGCUCAAGCUGUAUUCCCAGGACAAGACCGGCAUGGUGGACUUCGCCCUGGAGUCUGGCGGGGGCAGCAUCCUGAGCACGCGCUGCUCGGAGACGCACGAGACCAAGACGGCACUCAUCAGCCUGUUCGGCAUCCCGCUGUGGUACUUCUCCCAGUCGCCCCGCGUCGUGAUCCAGCCUGACAUCUAUCCCGGGAACUGCUGGGCGUUCAAAGGCUCCCAGGGCUACCUGGUGGUGCGGCUGUCGAUGGAGAUCCACCCGACCAGCUUCACGCUGGAGCACAUACCAAAGACGCUGUCGCCCACGGGCAACAUCGCCAGCGCCCCCAAGAACUUCUCCGUCUACGGACUAGAAAAUGAGUAUCAAGAGGAAGGGCAGCUGCUGGGACAGUUCAUGUUCGACCAAGAGGGCGAGUCGCUCCAGACCUUCCCUGUCCCGAAAAGACCUGAAAGAGCUUUCCAAAUAGUGGAACUUCAGAUUUUUUCUAACUGGGGCCAUCCUGAAUACACAUGUCUCUAUCGGUUCCGAGUUCACGGAGUCCCUGUCAAGUAGACACGCUCCUCACUGCUGCUGUACAUUCUGUACAUACGGGGCAGCCCGAGACACGGGCCUUCCCUUCGUGGACAAGGGCGUGGAACAUGGGAUGUCCCCUGUUAAAUAAAUGCUGCUGACUGCCAGCAGGACACGGGAAUUAGCAAUGAAUGUGUGCGCCCCUUGCUGUUCUGUCUGUGGGAGGCUGCCUGUUGAGGGCUUGGGUUUACGGAGACCUGUUGGCCACGGUGGAUCUCGGAAAUGCAUUUGAAUGUAUGGCUCACAAAGACACUUUGUUUGGGGGAUUUGUUUUUAAACAUAAAGCUGUUUAUAUUCAUUAUUUUCUUGACAUCGGGAACAAAGCAAGUGACAUUAAAAGGUUUGAUGAGUUCUUGAAGCUUCUACACAUAGCCGAUCACUGGCCUUUCCAAAGAACUCUGGGGCAGCUGCCUAUUUUCUCUCCAGCUCACAGUUCUUUCAGGG